CUCAGUGCCAAGAAGGUGUUUCUGGUGGUCUCCAGCGUUUGCUGUUCCUCUGUAUGUGCCUGACUCUGGUCAGAAGGAAACCAUGGCGCUCAACAACACCAUGGGCACUGGCAGGCAACCAGCAGCUUACAGGGUCCAAAGAGAAAUACAGACUGAGGAACACUUGCAGGCAUACUAUGAAAGAGAAGUGCCCUCUGCCUUGGGGAGAGACCUACAAAUCUCAGGAAAGAACAGACGGCUGUAUUGCAGAUUCUCUUGGAGAAGGUUCAGAAAGAUGAUACUCAUGAUGUUCCCUAUCCUGAACUGGCUGUUUUCCUAUCGAUUCAGAGAAUGGAUCAUGAGGGAUCUACAUGCAGGCCUAAGUGUUGGGAUGUUUCAGAUUCCUCAAGGGCUUCUGGGAAUUUGGCUGACCAGGUUACCUCUGCCAAAUACCAAUGGCUUCCUUUCCGCGUUCUGCUGCUCCAUAACGUAUGUUAUAUUUGGGACUUCACAUCAUAUCUCAAUUGGCUCAUUCAGCAUCCUAAAUAUGGCAGCAACAAACAUUCUGAAGACUCUUAAUUUCAACCAAACCUUGUCCUCUAAUAGUUCACCAGACAACUACUCAGACCCUUCUCAGGCCUUGACACUUAGUGCAUCAGUAACAUUUUUGACUGGCAUCAUUCAGUUGCUGCUGGGCUGUUGUUGCCUGGGGCUCAUAAAAACAUACAUGCCGAAGACUCUCAUCAAUGCUUGCCUCACUGCAGCAGCAGUGCAUGUCAUUGUAGCACAGCUUACCUUUAUUUUUGACAUCGUGCUUGACAUCCCUGCAAGGCCCCUGGACAUUUUCUGUAAUCUAUAUCAUUUCUUCCUGGCUAUCCCAAAGGCUAAUGCCACCAGCAUAUUGCUAUUUUUGCUUAGCAUGGCUGUACUACAAGUCACCGCAUCACUCAGGAUAGUUUAUAAACGUAGUCUUAUGGCAUUUCCUAUGGAGCUUCUCUUGAUUAUCACAGUCACCAUUAUUUCUAAUUGCAUUCGUCUUCACGCUGAAUCUAAUAAUGCUGUGAUCAGUAUGAUUCCUCAGAGGUUUCUGCCUCCUGCAGUGCCAGAUGUAUCAAACCUGAACAAGGUCAUACUACAUGCCUUCUCCAUUGCUAUUGUAAGCUAUUUCCUCCUUGUUUUUGUUGGGGAGAAGUAUGCUUCACUUCACAGCUACCAUAUCGCCAGCAAUCAGGAGCUCAUAGCUGUGGGGCUAUGCAAUAUCUGCAGCUCAUUUUUCAAAAGCUUUGUUGUUAGCUGUACUAUUUCUGGAACUGUCAUUCAGGAGAGGACAGGUGGAAGGACACAGUUAGCAGCAGCGAUUGGAGCAUGUGUGAUGCUGGUGAUUGCGCUGAAGCUAGGACACUUUUUCCAGAUGAUACCUAAUUGUAUCCUGGCUGCUAUUGUGGUAUUUAACGUGUCCCCUUUUCUUCAAAAUUUUCGGGACAUCCGCAUGCUGUGGAGACAGGAUAUGUAUCAUUUCGUUAUUUGGCUGGUAGCUUUUGCUGCAGUGCUUUGUUUUGGUCUUGAUAUGGGUUUAGUGAUCGCCACAGGAUUCGCGUUCCUCCUUAUCACCAUUAGGUUACACAGGAUGAAGACGGUGAUGCUGGGACAGAUUCCAAACACGAAUAUUUAUAGAAGUUUAUCCGACUACAAAGCUGCAAAGGAGAUUGAAGGAAUCAAAAUCUUCCAAUGCUGUUCUUCCAUCUCUUUUGCCAACAUGAAUUGCUUCAAAACCUAUUUGUUGAACAAGAUGGAUGUGAAAACAGUGCCUCUAGAUGUAAGUGAAAUGAGGGCUUUUAGUUCACAUCGUCUGGCCGCCACUACAGGGGGAAGAGAAGAUCGUACAUGCUUUUGUGUCUAUGAUCCACCUCUACCUCCAACUACGAUACUAUAUAGAGAGAAACUGGUGAAGCGACAUUCCACAGACAGCCAGUCCUCAUCAUCUUCAGUGAAUUUGGUACGUUGGUCGAAGUAUGGAGACAAACUCAGCUCCAGGACGUUGCUGGUGGGAGCUGCUGAUGCAUCCCCAGACUUUCACAGAGGGGUUAGGACUGGAAGGAAUGAGCAGGACAGAAGAGCCUGCCAGGCACCGGGCUCUGCAAUCGAUAAUUCCUCCGUACAUUUUGAUCAGGAACAACAGCCACUGCCCUGCCCAGUGCACACCAUUAUUUUUGACUUCAGCAUGGUGCAGUUUGUGGAUUUGACAGGUUCAGAUUUACUGCAACAGAUCAUUCAUAUGUUUCACAAUAUUGGCAUUACAGUCCUUAUAGCUGGCUGUCACUCCUCCAUGGUAGCAGACUUUGAGAAGAAUGAUUUCUUUGACAGCUGUAUCACCAAAGAAAGGUUCUUUCUAACUCUUCAUGAUGCUGUGCUGGCUGCUUUGAACAAGCAUCAGAAGCCAGAUGAGCUAGACCAGGCUGUGAGAGAGUUCGCUGAAGGACCACCACCUGAACAGCAAGAGAGGAGAAGUUUGCUCUCAAGGAAGAAUAAAGAUCUUUUCUCUGGAAAGAACUCUUACAACAAACACUGGCAUGAAGAUGCCUCAUGCUCAGCGCCAAAUGAAGCAGGUCCAAGCUCUGUCCAGCAGUAUCAUACUCAACCUUAUCAAUCGGAUUUCCAGGACCCAGGCUGGGUGAGGAGAUGGAAGUAGAGCAGCAAGGCCUGAAUUGCAACUGCUGGAGAGUUGGGAUUUCAGCAGAGAGAAGAAAAGUACAGUUAAGCAACAGUUCCGGUGAUUUUUAUGAGCUUUUGAUCCUCUUUUUCCUGUUCCAGAGUUCUUAAAAUAUACAGCCUAAUGCCUCCUGUAAUUGUGCUGUUCUAAACAAAAAGCAACAUUUAUGUUAUUACUUGCAAGUCUUUUCCAAUAGAUAUUCCAGCCAGCAAUGCUGAAAGCAGAGACAUUUCAAUGUGUGAGAUAAUUCCUAGUUUUGUAGCUAAUUCUAGCAAAUCAUUUGCACUUGUUUUCUGAAACUCUGAAGAAGUUUAAAUGUCCUAACCUAGCACUUCUUAGAUAUUUAUUGCUGGUUAGUAAGUUAAAUUAAUCUGCCAUAUUUCAACAUGCAGGCAGUUUGAGUAUUCUCAGAUGCAUUUGGAAUGAUGUGAAGCUUCAAAGAAAACAUUUACUAUUACUCUUCAACACUAUUGUCUGCCCUAACAUGACAUGCUGCGCAUUAUUUAUUCCUCAGUCCCUUUCUAAUCCACCAGAACUAAAUCCCAGUAAACAAUCUAAUUUUU